AUGAGCACGGCCACGAACGAAGAUCAGGAGGUUCCCAGGGACGAGGAGGUGGAAGAUGAAGAGGUGAAGGAGGAGGCUGCCAGCAGCCCCAAGAAGGCUCGUAUCGACGAAUCGGGCGCGUCAUCCACUGCCACCCUCACUGAAGCCGAGCGCAGGAAGAGGAGGAACGAGCGAUUUGGCGUCAGCGGUGGCGGCGCUGGUGCGGUUGGCGGCCUUGCCGAUUCGGAUGACAAGAAGAGGAAGAGGGCGGAACGAUUCGGCGUGGCCUCCCCUCUGGUCGAAGAGGACAAGAAAAAGAAGAGGGGCGAAAGGUUUGGCAUCGCGGAUGAAGCUGAGGUCAAGCAGAAGAGGAAGCAAAGGUUCGGCACCACCAAGGAGACCGAGAAGAAGGAACUGAGGGCGCAGCGGUUUGGCACAACAAAGGACGAUGACAAGAAGAAACAGCGGGCGGAGAGGUUCGCUGGCGCCACCACCGCAUCGUCGUCAUCGAGCGCCGGACCCGGCAUCGCUGCCAAGGUCAACGUCACGACCGCCCAGCGCCUGGGCAUUCCCAUCAAGUCGAACGAGUAA